AUGGAACUUCAUUCAACUAGUGCAACUUCAAAGAACAUCCAAAGAGAAGUUCAAGAAGAAGAAGAUAGGCCUUCAUUCACCAACCACAUCAAGGCACAAGAGCCUAGCAUCAUUCCAACUGAGACAGCCACGGCUGGGAAAUUCCUCAGGAGGCUCUUUACAAUUCUUUUUUACUUGCACUUGAUCCUCAUUGCCAUCUUCGUCGUCUUCCUUACACUGUAUACCCUCAUCUCCACCUCUCGCAAUCACCAUUUUCAACCCCUCAAGUUUUAUCCUCCAUUGCUCACUUCAACAGCCUGCUCUGCAAUUGUUGCUUUCAUAUGGCAAUGGGUCACUGGCUCAAGCCCAUCUAAAGCUAUCAAGGCUGCCUUUUGGCUUAGCCCUUUGUUAACCUGCGCAGUCGGUGUACUGCUUGUAUCUGUAGGUUCUGCACAAAGUUUGGCCGCAGGCGUGGUUGCAGUCAUUUGUGCCCUCAUUCAAUCCCUGUAUGCCUGUUGGGUCAGUCCCCGUUUUGAAUAUGCCAUCCGGAUUUUAUCAGUUUCUACUGCUUUCCCUCCUGCUAAAACUACCAUGUUAGUCCUUCAGUCAAUUUCCAUCAGCAUUCUUUACUCAUGUUUCUUGGUGGCCGGCAUUGGAAGAGCCACUGCCACCAGAAGUAGUUUGAAUGUGCUCUUCCACUCAGUAAUCUUGCUGAGCAUGGCAUGGACCAUGCAAGUAAUCAAGAACAUACUUCUUGUUACUGUCUCACGCAUCAAGUACAUGCACUUUGCAUGGGGAACAGAUAUUGACACACCUAAGGCUUUCUGCGACACCCUUAAGCACUUGAUGGGGAGUAUCUGCAUUGGCUCCAUCUUGGUUCCAGUUCUCGGGGUUAUUCGGGGCUCUGCUCGAGGCAUGAAAUUGGUUGCAGGGGAUACCGACGAGUUUCUGUUUUCAUGUGCCAACUGUUAUGCAGGAAUGGCUUCAACGCUGGUAAUGUAUGGGAACCGGUGGGGUUUUGUGCAUGUAGGGGCGUAUGAUAAGGGCUUCGUGCAGGCAUCAUCAGAUACUUGGGAGAUGUUCAGGAGGGCAGGAUUAAAAGAAUUAAUCGACUUGGAUCUCACAGGAUCAUUCUGCUUUCUUUCUGGGGUGGCAGCAGGUGCAAUAUGCAGCCUAGCGAGUGGAACUUGGGCUCUUGCGAUUCAUAAGAGCUAUGCUGCAGAAGUUUCAAUCUAUGCAUUCUUCAUCGGCUAUUUCAUGUGUAGGAUUGCUAUGGCAUGGCCCCAAGCAUGUGUUUUGUCUUACUAUGUGGCUUAUGCAGAAAAUCCAGAGAGCGUUCGCUUUGACUCGACCAUCCCCGUUCGCCUUGAUGAGCUCCAAAGAUUUCAGGUUUCAGGCAUAACAAUCGCAAGAUAGUAACAAGUCAUGCCUAUCUCAGGAGCAGUUGGACUAAAGACUCAUUCUCAAAUCAUUCAAGAUGGUUAUAUAGGAAAGUGCCACAAGAGAUAAGAUGCUGCUAAACAUAAAAACUAGUAAUUUUUUGGCUUGUAUAUGUCCAUAAUCUUAGACUCCAUCUUUACCAGACCAUGGAAUUUGCGACCUAGCAUUUAUUCUGUUGGUUAUACUACAUGAAAACUUGUAACUUUCGUUCUUGUAUAUAGGUUCAAAUUUUACCAAAAGACAAGAAGUUUACAUUGAA